CAGAUCUGUGUAUACUGUAGCUCAGAUGUGGAUGUUGACUGGUUGAUGUGGGGGAUGUUUGAAACACGUGAAUGUAUUAAAAAGAAGGUUUAAAGGUGAACAGAGCUAAUAGACAGGGAGUGAGGUCACAAUCACUGCAUGGCAGGAAAACGGCAGAAAUCUAGGAAACCUGCAAACAUGAGCCAUGUUAAAAAAGUGAUUAGGAAGAUAAAGGUGAAAAAUGAACUGACGCGACAGAUUUUAGGAGAGCUGUUGGGCACUUUUGUCCUUCUGCUGUUUGGUUGUGCAGCAGCAGCCCAGGUGAAAACCAGCAGAGAAACUAAAGGACAGUAUCUGUCUGCUAACCUGGCCUUCUCUGUAGGUGUUAUGUCUGCCAUGUAUCUCAGCAGAGCAGUCUCAGGAGCUCAUUUAAAUCCAGCUGUGUCUUUGAGUUUCUGUGUGUUGGGUGAUCUACCCUGGUCAAAGUUGUUGCCCUAUUCUCUGGCUCAAGUGCUGGGGGCGUAUUUAGCCUCUGGACUGGUCUAUCUCAUCUAUUAUGAUGCAAUCAUGGAGUUCAGUGGUGGAGUCCUGACUGUAUUUGGCCCCAAUGAAACAGCGAGUAUAUUUGCCACUUACCCAACUGGUGUGGUGUCAAUGCAGACCAAUUUUCUGGAUCAGGUGGUUGGCACAGCCAUGCUGAUGUUGUGUAUACUACCUCUAAAUGAUAAGAGAAAUGCUCCUGCCCCCGAGGCACUGCUUCCUCCCAUUGUAGCAACCGUUGUGUUAGGUAUUUCCGUAUCGAUGUCGGCUAAUUGUGGAGCAGCCAUAAAUCCAGCUCGUGACCUUGGCCCUCGACUCUUUACUCUUACUGCAGGCUGGGGAAUGGAAGUAUUCACAUGCUAUGACUAUUUCUUCUGGAUCCCAAUAGUCGCACCAAUGGUUGGGGGUGUGGUGGGCUCGAUCAUAUAUCUGAUUUUCAUUCAGUGGCAUUUGCCUGAGCUUGAGGAUGAGGUGGAGUCUGAAUGUACGGAGAUUAAAGAUCAAACAAAGUUUGUGGAGCACAGUGACCUGCAACAAUCGGGCAAAAAGGACGAGAUAUACCUUAAACUGUCAGAACUUUGAAAGGCGUGGGAGACUUUGAGAUGUGAACGUAAUGCGGCUCAAAAUAUCACAAAAAAACUACACAUAGGUGGACUUCAAAAUGUUUAAGCCUUGUUACGUAUUACUUAGAUAUUACAUUUUCCCCCAAUAAUUUUUAAUUGGGAAAACUUUAUAUGGUUGCUUUCACAGCUUUAUAAUAUUAAAUGGAAUAUAGCUCAUAAGUAUAUACAAUAUUUUUUAUGUCCCAUUUAAAUAUUUCAUCUGAUCUGUUAUAGUUGAAGGGUGGCAGCUAUAGUGGUUGGAUAAAGAGUAGUUUAUAGUAUUUAUAGCUUAUUACACCACAAUCUGAAAGCAUUAAACAUGACUGGUUUCCAAAACACAAAUAAAAAUCUCUCUUGAACUGGAUUGUGUGUAAAGCAUCUACAUAUUAUUUCAGGCUUAGAGAAAAUCUGUAUACAGCAACUAUUUAUUAUGUACAAAGUAUAUGUUGUUUGUGCUAUUUAUAGGAUUAACACUAAUAUGAAUAACAAACAGAUUCAUUGUAUAAUUGUAUGUUAUGCGGUAGAUUGUGUAUGUUAUAUUUGACACCAUAUUAAGAGUACCUUUCUCUCAGUUAAAAUUCAUGUGUUUGUACAAUGAAAUUUAUUAAAAUAAUAAAUACAUUAUCAAGAAAAUAAA